AGCUGGGAGCUACUUCCGGGUUAUUUCAGUCAUAUUGGAACCUUGCCAGGUGUGAGUGAGUGUUGGGACGCGGCCCGGCAGUCAUUUCAUUCUCUGGGGGUCGAAGCACGCUCUGCAGCUUUACAAGGGACUUGAACGCUUCAAAAAUGGUGAAGAUAUUCAUCGGGAACUUGGCCCAGGAAACCACGUCAGACGAACUCCGCUCUCUCUUCUCCCAGUAUGGAAAGAUUGCAGAAUGCACCAUCGUCAAAAACUUUGGCUUUGUGCACAUGGACGACAAAUCCGAGGCGGAGGAAGCCAUCAGCAACCUCCACCACUACGAGCUAAACGGUCAGCCAAUGAACGUAGAGCUGAGUCGAGGCAAGUCGAGAGGGUCCACAAAGCUACACGUGGGGAACAUUGCCUGCACCAACCAGGAGCUGAGGGCCAAGUUUGAAGAGUAUGGAGCUGUGUUGGAGUGUGACAUAGUAAAGAACUAUGCUUUUGUUCACAUGGAGCGCAUGGAGGAUGCCAUGGAGGCUAUUAAUCAGUUAGACAACACAGCUUUUAAAGGCAAACUGAUGAGCGUGAAGCUUUCGACUAGCCGCCUGCGUACUGCGCCGGGAAUGGGAGACAGAUCGGGUUGUUAUCGUUGCGGGCAGGAAGGCCACUGGUCCAAAGAGUGCCCUCUAGACCAAAAUGGCUACCACAGAAACGGCUCAGAGCCAAACUCAGAUGGAUACGAUGACUCGAGAUUUGGCGGGCGUGGUCACAGCAGGGGUUAUCAUCCCAGCUUCAGCGGGGAGCCAGAUUACGGUCCUGGCUACCCUCCUGUUCAUGCUUUCCCCCGGGGCGCUGCUCACAGCAGUGCCAUGGCAGGGUACAGACGGGGAACAGGCUACGAGAGUGCAAUGAGAUACGGGCCACCUCCGGGUUAUGGCAUUAGCGCUGUUCCUGACCAUAGCAUGGCUCGGAUGUAUGGCAGCGAAGCGGCUUACAGGAGCAGCAGCUCGUACUAUGGCGCGGUACCUCCCUACCCAAUGCGACGGUCGCCCUACGAGGAACGGGAUCCGUACGGGGUCGUGGACUACUAUGAAAAGUACAGGGCCAGUUAUUUCGAAGAUCGUCGCGCCGUCCCCAUGCCUGCUCCUCCUGCAACCUCCUCCUCCACGGGUUUAGUGAGGGAGCGUCUGCCCCCCUCCAGCCUUGACCCAUACGAGUGCCCCCCCCUCCCUCCUCCUCCAGCCCCGGUCUCCUCAUACUACACACGUGAGCGGAGUCCGAUUAGGAGAGUCCCAACCGAGGCAGAUGGAUACGCAUACGAGCGCUCGCGCCUUUCCCCGGUGAUCCCCCACCAAAGAAGCUCUACCUACGACCUACCGCGGGAUCCGGCCGCAGAGCGGGCACGAUAUCCAUACUAAUUCAUGUCCCAUAAAGCCCGGUGGAAGCUGGGCGACACUUAGAGGAUAGGAUAGCCCAAGUGCCAUUGGAUUUCUUGAACAUUAAACGGUUUAUCUCAUUGGUAAUAUUUGAGGUACAAGUCAGUCUUCUGCAUGUGACGGGGGUUGGCAGAAAGAGUUUAGCUCAAACAUCAUAACAGUUGAGUAGUCAUUCCAGGUAAUACUUCAAAUGCAGUACAGCUAAUGCUUUUAUUGUCUUAUUUAAAUGUCGUGGUGUUAGUGCAGCGCUGAGAUAGCCUAGCCUUUGUGUUCUUCUUUGAUCUUAAACCUGAUUGAUGAGGGUAGCUACAUGUUUUUUAUUUCAACUUUAUUGAUAGAAACUAAUGAAUUAGUGCAUGUUUUAAGGUAAGUUUUAAGGUGUUUUCAGAGGAAAAGUAAAGCAGUUUUUACACGGUGGGAUUAUUUACAAAGUCAGUGCAAACUUGGAGAUUUAUGCAUUGGAAAACAAAUUUACCAAACUUCUACUCAAUCAAAAAAGCCUCUGAGCUUCCUCUGAGCAAUCCCACUGGUGUCUCGAGAUGAUAUCAGAAUAGGUGAAGCCAACUCCCCUUAAAAAUAUCAGUUAUAAUUAUAAAUGCUAAUAUUCUUAAAAAUAUCUGCAUUUAACAAGUUCUUUGCUCAGCAGAUAGACCUAAGAAGGCAUGAUGUUUAUGUUUUCAGAAUUCCCUGAUGAGGUUGUUUCAAAAUGUUUUUGUUCUGUUUAUUGCACUGAAAUUUCUGCGCAAUCUGUUCUGAUCUUUUGAGAUCAUUGUAAGCCAGAUUUCAGCAGAUUUGUGGCUUGAUAUUUACAGUGAAACUGCCACUUUCUAGUCAUAGAGGACAGGUGAAACAAGCAGGCUUGGAGUGACUGGUUUCUGGCAAAGUAAAAACUUAACUGCUGUAUGACUUCUGAUGUGAACAGAUUCCGUCUGUCAAACCUGGGUGAGUAACGUGAGGUAUAAAUCAGCUCCACUUUUGGUCUCAACACACCUUUAGGAUUACAUUAACGACAUUUCGUCACAGUAUCUUGUGUAUCUCUGUGCUUUGUAGUGUUUUGUAAACAUUCGUAAGAGGCGUUUUCAGACUGAAGAGUUGUGGAUGGAACUCUGGAAUAACCAGAAGUAAACAUCAGGUGGUUGGUGUUUGUAUCAUGUACAAGAAGAUCAACAAGAUGGCGGAUGUCGUGGUUGGAGGUGUGCAUUUGUCUCGUGUCAUAUUGGUCCAUUUUCGAGGGGUUGCAGAGGUUUUUAAAGAUGCUGGUUUCUCUUAUUUUCAACCAAAGCUCCUCCUGGGAAACUUACCAGUUUAAAGUAGGAGCUGAAAAAGUCACUGUCAUCAGUUCCUGCAGCACAUACCCUUGGUCUGAAAACGCCUACCGUUCCUUUAUUUGUGAAGCAAAGUAAAUUUGAAUUCUGUAUACUUUAUCACAAAUAUUGUUUAACCUGUGAACUCUUGCUCUUUUACCAAAUAUAGAUUUGCACAGUGGUUAAAAAUGUAACCCUUAUGUGGCUUGGUUAUGUCCAACCUUUUUGUGAAAUUUAGUCAAACUUUUUAUGAAAUCACUUCUGUUUCUUUUUUUUAAGUUGCAUAAAAAAUCACUUUCAAUGCUGUAAUGAAUGUGAAGCCUCACAUCUUUACAAUAAUUCAGCUUUAUAAUUGAAAUGACCUUCAAGCCUAUUCUGUAUUUCUUGAUUUCUAACAUCAACACUGAAAUAAAAAUAUAUCUGUGCAUCUUAAGUCUGAA